AUGGGAGGUGGUGUCGCCUGCGGUGGCAGCCCCUCCUCCCAUUCGGCAAACCUCUUCUCGCGCAACAGUCCAAUCGGCAACAAUGCUGGCGGUGGUGGUGGCAAGAUGCGCACCACUGGCCUCAACCGACCUCACAAGGCAGCUAUGCAGAUCUGCGCAGUCUGCGGUGAUGUCGCCGCCUGCCAGCACUACGGAGUGCUCACCUGUGAAGGCUGCAAAGGAUUCUUCAAGCGCACCGUCCAGAAGAACUCAAAGUACACCUGUCUGGGCAACAAGGACUGCACUGUGGACAAGCGACGACGCAAUCGCUGCCAGGCGUGUAGAUUUCAGAAAUGCCUUAGCGUCGGUAUGGUCAAAGAAGUGGUGCGAACGGACAGUCUGAAGGGCCGACGUGGCCGUCUGCCGUCGAAGCCAAAGAAUGCCUCUGAAGCGGCGCCGGCCGUGCCGAUGACGACCAUCACUGCGCUGAUGAAGGCGCACAUCGACACGAGCAACGACAAGCAGAACCUGGACUUCAGUCAGUAUUCAGACAGCGUCAACCUCGCCGGCGAGGAGGCACAGACGCACAUUGACAGUCAGCUGCUGACGAUGCUCAAUCGGUCGUUGAACAACCUGUACGCCUUCAUGGAGAAGAUACCGGGCUUUAAUGAGUUCAGUGAGCACGAUCGGAAGGUGCUCUUCCAGAACUCCUGUCUCGAGUUGUUUGCCCUGCGAAUGGCCUACCGCAUCAAACCCGGUUCGCUGUACUUCAUCUUCUCCAACAACGUUGUAAUGCACCGCAAUCAGUUUGCCGCCAGCUUCGGCGAGUGGCUACCGCUGAUUGAAGAGCUGAGCAACCAACUGAACGCCAUGGAGCUAGACAUAUCCUCAUUUGCCUGUCUCAGUGCACUCACCGUCAUCACUGGUCGAUGCGGCGUCCAGGAUCUCGGCAAAGUGGACGAGCUGGAGACGAAGAUCAUCAGUGCGCUGAAGGACCACACGAUGUACCACUGCGAGGCGCAGAAGAAACCCAACUACUUCUCGCGCAUUCUCUCCAAACUGAGCGAGCUGCGCACCAUCGGCGAACUGGGCCACCGAGUGGUCACCCAGCGACUGGGCCUCUUCACGCUGGCCACCGCCAAUGCCGACAUUCGCGAUCUGUCGAAGAAGCUGGCGAUCAGUGGCACUGGCCUCGGCAGCGGCACUGCUGCACCCUUUCAUUUUGCCUCCUCCUCAUCCACCUCUGUCCCCUCCAAUCUCAAUGUUCGCAUGGAGACCGUGGAAGGGGCCAACAUCAGCAGCAGCAAUAUCAACAUCGGCAGCAGCAGCAACCUCAACCUCAACCCAAACAGCGCAGCAUCCGCCCUGCCUGAUCUCUCCUGUCUUGAUCUACCGUCGAUCUCCUCCUUCUUCAAGUGGCAGAACAUGAAGUGA